CCUGAUAGGUCACCACUGAAACUGAUUCUCAAUAAUCCUGCACAAAGACAGAGAGGAGCCACAAUGACCAGUGAGCAGCGAAUUGUAGUGAGUGCCCGCAUGAUUGGAGUGGUUCACAGGGACAUGCCAAAACUUAAGGUGUUCAUGCUGUCUGUGAUGUGGUCUGACCACACUGAAGUGAUUAUCUACAGAUCCUUUAAGGAUUUCAAGACAUUACAUAGAGGGCUGAAGAAAAGGUUUCCUCGCCUGAAUCCUUUUGACAGAAAGAACAGAGUCAUCCCUAAAUUUAGAGGUGAAGCCAGGAAGAGCAGUCGCUCACAGAAAGGACCCAAAAGAUUUGUCCAACGCAUGAAAUUCCUCAAUAACUACUGUGAUCAGCUUCUCAAGUGUGACCAAAACGUCACACAGAGUUCAGAGGUCACACAGUUCUUCCACCCCAAAGACCAUGACCUGCAGCCAGACUUCACCAAGAACAGCGUCAUGAUCCUCCUGUCAGAUGAUCAGUCGGCUGCCGGAGGGGCAGAUGUUACCCACCAGACUGCAGGCAGCGUCACUCACCCAUUUGUCACCCAGACUUACCGCUGUGUGGCUGCUUAUGAGACAAAGGACACCAAAAAUCGUCCAUUUAAGGCUGCUCUGGAUGAGAAGCUGGAUGUCCUGAUCAAAGACCCUGCAGGUUGGUGGCUGGUGGAGAAUGAGGAGAAGCAUCUGGCUUGGUUUCCUGCUCCUUACCUGGAACUGUGGGAAGGAGAAGAAGAUGAGGAUACUGGACUCCAGCUGGGAGGAACCUUGUACUGUGCAGUGAAGAGUUACUCGACUAAGAAGGACGACGAGGUGUCUGUGGCCAUUGGCUGCGUGGUGGAGGUGCUGAGGAAGUCUGACAACGGCUGGUGGCUCAUCAGAUCCAAUGGCAAAGCAGGUUACAUACCCUCCAUGUACUUGAAACCGUACAACAACCCACGUGCAGGCCUCUACAGCCUGCAGAGAACGAUGCAUAGCUCCACCCUGAACCUGGCAACAAACAGAGAAACUCAGUCUUCAUCUCCAUCCAGCAUCAGUGAAGAAAACAGCCCACAGGAGGACUCUGACGGUCAGCCCAUGACAGAGCCCAGUGUGCCUGGACGUCUGCACAAAGCCAGGUCCCUGGACGUUCUCUCUGAAACCUGGUCGACUCUGCCUGAGCAGGCCUCCUCCUCAUACAGCCGUGGACGCAGCAGAACCAGCACCAGCACCGAGUCCAGCUUCUCCUCAGACAGCGAGUCUUCAUCCUCUUCAGGCACCAAGGAGGACAAGUCAGGUCUGAGCAGACCAGGUCUUCCUGAAGCCUCAGUCUUUGUCCGACGAGACUCCGACACCAGCUCUGAGGCCUCUGGAUCUGGUAGGUCCACAGGCAGUGACACAGCUUCAGUUGCUCCCAAGGUCCCACCCAGACCCAAGACUGAGGAGAUCCUGACCCGCUGCACCACCAUGACCCGUAAGGCAGCCCUGGCCACCAGGACCCGGCUUCAGAUUCAACCAGAUUCCACCCACUCCCGCUAGACAAUUAAAAACAGACUCUGAACCCUGAAUGACAUCAGACGAAAUCAUAUUAAUGAUCUUUGUUUGGUUUAUUGAAACAUUUUAUUUUACAUUCAUCAAACAUCAACAGAAAUGAUCAAAUCUGCAUCUGCACAGACCUUCUAUCAGUCUGUCAUUCAUAUGAACUCUGUACAAAUAUGUCUUUAAAACUUCGGUGGUCACAGAUACCAGAUAUGACCCCAUGACAUGAUAAUUAGAUCUUUUACAUUUGACUUAAGAAUUUAUUUUGAACAAAUGACCCGUCCUUUUGAACUUCACCCAGCAGAUGAAUGUAACUUCAGUGAAGUGUUAGAAGGAGCAAGUGCUGGGAAAUGAAUAUGAUAAUGUAUGUGCUAUGUGCAUUGAUGGAGUUCAACAGGUAAAAUAUUUGUACAUAAAAAAUAAUAACAAUAAUAUCAUAUUAACUGUAUUUAUAUAUUGUUAUUUCUUUUCUUUUCUGUAAUGCUCUGUAAUGCUGUAGUUCUUUGACUUGUUACUCUUUGACAUAACUAGAUGAUUUUAAGUAUGUAAACAGCUUUUCUUUUUUCAGGUGUGAACAAA